CCGGCUGUCCGGGUGGAUCUGGAGCUGGAGGUGAAGGUUGGAUCAGCCCGAGGUUCAGCCCCUGGCAUUGACCAAGUCAGCAGAAAUGAAGACAGGACUUUUGCUUUGGGAUGCAAGAAGACAUCUAUUUAGCUGGCGAAAUUGCACUUCUCUGCAAAAAAUCUCAGCACUCCCAGAAAGAACUCAGACAUGGAAAACUUACAAAAUAAAAAUCCAAAGAUUAACAACGAACAAUAGCCAUGAUUAUUCAAGGAGAGAUUCUCAAGUUUGGCAAACCUAUGUUCAACGCAAUAGGGAAUUGGUAAUGUGCUCCAGACAUUAUUCAACCUUCAGAACUAUUGUAUGCAAUGCAGGACAUCCAUCAAAAACAGUACCAGCAAUCCAAGUAAGCAUGGUUGUCAGCCGAAACUUUCCCCACUACAGCAGAUAUAUGCCUGCUUCUAUUUUAUCAAAGAAACAUUCCAUUCUUGAAGAGGCUGCUGACCUAUCUAGAGAUUUUCACACAUCUUCUCCUGUCUUAGCUUUACCAAUCCCACUACUCUGGAUUCUACUAAAGCCAGUGAAAAAGCUGACAGCGAUGCUUCUCGGCAGGAGUAUACGGAAAUGGUGGCAGGCCCUUCCACCUGACAAGCAGGAGCUACUUAAAGAUAAUGUGAAAAGGCACAAGUGGAGAAUUCUAUUCGGCAUAUGUAGUCUGUCAUGUUUGAUUGCAAUAUAUUUUUGGACCCACUUGGACAAGAAUCCUAUCACAGGCCGAACUCGUCUACUGAUGUUCAGCAAACGACAGUUUCUGCAACUCACUGAGUUUGAGUACCAGUCGGUGCUGGAGAGCUACAAGGAUAAAAUUCUACCUGUGACUGACCCAAUGUAUAAAACCACUCAGUUUAUUUUCAGCCAGUUGGUUGAAAAAAACAAAGAUAUCCCAGGAGUUUCUGAAACUAAAUGGAGUAUUAAUGUUGUUGAAGAUCCAGAGAUCAAUGCUUUUGUCAUGCCAAAUGGGCAGGUAUUUGUUUUGACUGGGCUGUUCAAAGCUGUGGCAGAUACUGAUCAACUUGCAUGUAUUCUAGGUCAUGAGAUGGCACAUUGUCUCCUUGCUCAUGGGGCAGAACAUGCAAGUAUAAUUCAGCUCCUAGACUUUGUGUCCCUUGUUUUCUUGACACUUAUUUGGGCUAUGUUCCCACGGGAUGGUCUUGCUGCUCUGGGACAGUGGAUCCAAAACAAACUGAUUGAGUACAUGUUUGACAGACCAUAUAGCCGGAAACUAGAGAUCGAGGCUGAUGAGGUUGGAUUACGACUUGCUGCUAAGGCAUGUAUUGAUGUGAGGGCAAGCAGUGUAUAUUGGCAACAAUUGGAAUUGAUGAAGAUCGUUUCUGGAACAUUUCAAAUUCCUGAAUGGUUUUCCACACACCCCUCAAAUGAUCAUCGAGUUGAACACCUGGAAAAGCUAAUACCCGAGGCUAUAAAAUUACGAGAGGAGUGUAGCUGUCCUUCCUUACCAUCUGUAGAUCCACGGUUGGUCUUCAAGCUCAGCAUACAGGAGAUACUGAAACUUUCAAGGAAGAAGGAAGAAGCAAUUUGUUCAGAUUCUGAAGCUAAGCAUCUUUCUCAGCGUUUUGAACCUAGUCCAGUCAUGAUUGAGAGAAUACCUAUAGUUGUUCCAGUACAAGCACUCCAAAGUACACAAAGCACUCAUGAGUAAAUGUAUUUCAUUUUUAUUCACUUCCAUGACUUGAAAAUCAGCAUUGUGAGAUGUUUUGAUUUUUUUUAAACAGAAGUAGAAAGGCUGUCUGCCUAUUGUGUUCCUAAAGCAAAUAUUUAAUCACCUCCUGAAUUUUGAAGAUUCCUGUAGUUAUCCUUCUAAUUAUUUCAUAAUUGAGUUUAGUUAUUUUUUUAUCUUGAGUGCAGACAAGCAGGGGAGGAAAUCUGUAUUGCUCACAAAAACAUGAUUGUAUAGGGCAUUGUUGGUGACAGAAUAUCAACUUCGGCCUUGUGCUUUGCUCCUCAGAAUUUAGUGGAGCAGAAAUGUACAUUGGUUGCAAAGUUGUUCUAUCCACUGAUGCCUUAUUUUAAAUAUGCAGACUGGGUCUAAGUAAUAACUAUGUAAUAUAUAAUGUAAAUGUUGUGCUGAUAAUAUUAUUUGAUUAAUACUGUAGAGGCCUGCACUAAUGCUGUGGACUCUAUUUCAAAUCCCAGUGCAGUAGCUGGGGAUGUUAAACUAAAUUCAUCAGUAAAUCUGGAAUAAAAUACUGGUUCCAUAAGUAGUAAAGUUUAUAUAAGCCUAGAGGACCAGACAGUUGCUCUCUCAUUAGAGAGAUGGGACUUGUGAGUUGAACCUGAGGUCAUUGUACCUCAGGUGAGGAGAGUGGUUGAGAAAGAAGCAUCUUCAUGGUGACUUCAGCUGGUAUAGGAAGCAAACCCGUAUUGUUGGCAUCACUCUGCCUCACAAACCAGCUGUCCAGCCAACUGAGUUAAGAGUUUCAUUAAUAAUGAUUAAAAACUGUCAGAAUAUCUUUAAAAAUCCACUUGGCUCACAAUUUCAUUUUAGAGGAGGAAAUCUGCCUUCAGUACCUGAUCUGGCCUUUUUCCGACUUCAGACUUUGUGGUUGAUUCUUAAAAGUGAUUUGAAGUGGCCUCUCUGGCCACCUGCUUAUGGCAAAUUAGAGCUGGACAAAAGGUGCUGGUGUUACCAAUGAUAUUUUUAUCCCAUGAAAAAUAAGAUGAAAAUUCAAAAUGUAGGAGGAAGUUCAAACUGAAGAAGAAAGGUAAAUAAAACUCCAUUUUUAAAUAAUUAAAUGACAAUUAAGAUUAUCUAAUGAUUUGAUGGUCUAAUGGUAAUAUCACAUUCACAGUUAUUCUCAACGUAGCAGAUCCUAGUAUAUAUGAGACAAAGUCAAACUUUUGAUCUGCAAAACUUUUAAUUUCUUUGCAUCUAUUUUUAAACUUGGUGGUGAAUUUUUUUUUAUUCUGCUUUCAUGCCAGUGCAAAACUGAAAAUGUUUCUGUUAAUGGAGCAAAUGCCUCUGCUUUUCUGUAAGUUUCAGAGAACACGUGCAAAUCUCUCACCUCUAUCAUUGGUUUUAAUUUGGGAUUGAGAAUAGGAGCAACCGUUCCUACACUCAUUGCACUUUCAUUAGCCUACACCAAUUUUAUAUAAAAUGACUUUAUAUAAAAUGCUUAUUAACUGGAAUUAAAUUGUGGAAUUUCUGUAUAUCUAAAGGAAAGGAAAUAUAUAUAUUUUUGAGAACUA